UUCUAUAAACUUGUUGAAGAUUCACAAAAGCCUUUAUGGGAAGGAUGUGAUUUAACGCAACUAACUUUACUUGUGCUUUUGUUCAAUGUAAAAUCCAUGAACAAAUGGUCAGAUAAAUCAUUAGGUGAUCUACUUGAUAUUUUGCAGAAGGCUAUUCCAAAUGGAAAGGAACUGCCCAAAAACUUUUAUGAGGCUAAGAAAGUUAUUUCCAAAUUUGGCUUGGGCUAUGAAAGUAUUCAUGCGUGCCAAAAUGGUUGUGAUCUAUUUUGGAAAGACAAGGCAAAUGAUGAUUUUUGCUCAAAGUGCAAGGCUUCUAGGUGGAAGGGUAUGGAGCCUGAGACCAAACUAACAAAGAAGCAAAGAAGGAAAGCAACGCCUUGUAAAGUGUUAAGAUACUUUCCUGUUAAAGACAGACUGAAAAGGCUCUUUAUGUGCAAAGAAACAGCACCUCUCCUAAGAUGGCAUGAUGAAGAUCGCAUGAAGGAUGGUGCGCUACGACAUCCAGCUGACUCCCGUGCAUGGACAGACUUUGAUGAAAAGUUUCCACUAAUUAAAUCAGAUCCACGGAAUAUCCGCUUUGGCUUAGCCACCGAUGGAUUUAAUCCAUACGGGAUGUUGAGUUCUAGAUAUAGUUGUUGGCCGGUUGUUUUGGUAAUAUAUAACUUACCGCCGUGGUUUUGCAUGAAAGAGCAUUAUCUAAUGUUGUCUUUAAUAAUUCCUGGUUCUAAAAGUCCUGGGGAUAAACUUCAUGUGUACCUUAAACCACUUUUGGAGGAUCUAAAAGAUUUAUUUGUAAAUGGUAUGGCAACAUAUGAUGCAUCAACAAAUGAAACUUUUGAUUUGAGAGCAGCAGUGCUAAUGACCAUAAGUGACCUACCUGGCUUGGGAAUGCUUGCUUCUCAUAUGGUUCAUGGAAAUUUUGCAUGUCUACCUUGUGGUGAAAAUGUAUGGUACAAACGUCUGAAGCAUGGUAAUAAAACUUGUUUUAUGGGUCAUCGUCGAUUUCUUCCUCUUGAGCAUCCUUUUCGUUUGGAUAAGGUUUCUUUUGAUGGAACAAUGGAGCUUCAAGCAGAGCCACAAACUUAUUAUGACCGUCCAAUUUUGGAUGAAAUCACUGCAUUAGGUAAUUUCAAGGACUCAAAACCUUACAAGUCACUAAGUAGUCUUUUCACAUUGCCUUACUGGGAUGCUAAUAUUCUUCGAUAUAAUCUUGACGUGAUGCAUAUAGAGAAGAAUUUGUUUGAAAAUUGUUAUGGUACACUAUCUGGUUUAGAGGGAAAGUCAAAAGAUAAUUUACAAGCUCGUAAAGACCUCAAAGAGAUGAACAUUAGGGAGGACCUCCACCCACAAGAAAAACCUUCUGGCAAGUUGUAUUUGCCACCUGCAAGGUUUGCUAUGUCUAAAACUGAGAGACAGGCAUUUUGUAAAGUGCUUCAAGGCAUAAAAGUUCCUGAUGGCUACUCUGCAAACAUAUCGAAAUCUGUAAAUUGUGCUGAAAGGAAACUUAUUGGUCUCAAAACACAUGACUGCCAUGUUCUACUUCAACAGCUCAUGCCUAUUGCUCUAAGGGGCAUUAUUCCAGAUGAUAUCACAUCAGUAAUGUUUGAGUUGUCUAAUUAUUUUAGAGGAAUAUGUUCAAAAGUGCUCCGUUUAGAUGACCUUGACCGCUUGGAACAAUCAAUUAAAGUUACACUAUGCAAAAUGGAGAUGAUAUUUCCUCCUGGUUUUUUUACUGUUAUGGUUCACUUAGCAGUACAUUUAGCAACUGAAUGUAAGUUGGGUGGACCAGUUUGUUAUCGAUGGAUGUACUUCAUCGAAAGGUACCUAUGCAAAUUGAAAUCAUAUGUUCGCAAUAAAGCUCAUCCAGAGGCUUCAAUAGCGAAUUCAUUUUUGGCAGAUGAGUGUAUGGUGUUUUGUUCUAGGUACUUAGAAGGUUUCUCCACAAAGCAUAACAAAUCAUCAAGGAAUGAGGAGAACCAGGAUCAUCAAGAAUCCGACUUAUUUGGAGAAGUUUCCUCUUUGUUUCCUCCUGUAGGAAAACCAUUGGGAAGACCAUCCAGUUUUAUUUUAACUGAUCUAGAGAAACUGCAAGCACAUAGAUAUGUACUAUACAAUUGUAAAGUUGUCAUUCCGUACUUGAAAGAGCAUGCUGCUGAUCUCAAAAGAAGAAAUCGUCAACGUCGUCUAUCUUUGAAACAAAUUGAGAAUAUACAGAAUAAAGAGUUUCCGAACUGGUUCAGAGAACAU